AUGGACUCCCCUGAUUUAGGACCGUCCUGCAGCGGCGCAAGCUACAACCAUCAACGCCAUCAACGGCAGGAACUUCCUGUCGCCAUCCCGGGCAAGGCUCUCUCCGGAAGGGGCAACGUCCUAGCAUCCACGCCUGGUGAAUCCACCGGUGGGCGGCUCCUCACCUCUGGCAACUGGUACCGCGCCGGGGGCGCCGCGGCCAUCUUCACAGCGACCCCCAACGUCGACGGCGUCAGCUUCACCCUCCAGUCGUCCAAAGGCAAGUGCGCCAUCAUUGCCGACCUGUCCAUCUUCUGCGACUCCAGCGUUACCCUCGGCAGCAGCUUCGGCUGGGACGGCGCGUAUGUGACGUACUUGGGGGCCAAUAAUUUCUACGCCACGGAGCUGCCCACUGGCAGCGGGAAUACCAAGGUGUACACGACGGAGAAGGCUCUGACGCUGCAGCUUACCUGGCCUGCGGUCUAG